ACAUAUUUUGUCAAGACAUAAUUUCAAAAAAUGAUUAAUGCGAUCAGCCGGCCAAAAAGAUAAGAGAUUGUGCACUGCUUUUCAAGUGAAUAAUUCUACUUGUUCCUGGAUUGAAUUUUCUUUGAAUCUCUGCUGCUGCUGCUUGAAUUGAGGAGGAACUUCCACCAACAGUAACAGGGGAAUCCAUGGCAUCGUCUGAUGAUAAGCCCGAAAUUGUGGAUCGGGGUGCUAAGGAGAAGAAGGAUCAAAAGAAGGAGGAGGGGGAGGAGGAGGGUGGAUUUAUUGACAAGGUGAAGGGUUUCAUCCAAGACAUUGGGGAGAAGAUCGAGGGUGCCAUUGGGUUCGGCAAGCCAACCGCCGAUGUUGCUGCCGUUCACAUCCCCAGCAUCAAUCUCGAAAGGGCCGAGAUCGUGGUGGAUGUGCUCAUCAAGAACCCUAAUCCGGUUCCCAUCCCUCUCAUCGACAUUAACUACUUGAUCGAAAGUGAUGGGAGGAAACUUGUCUCCGGGUUGAUCCCCGAUGCUGGGACAAUCCACGCCCACGGGGAGGAGACUGUCAAAGUUCCCGUCCACUUGGUGUACGAUGACAUCAAGAGCACCUACGAUGACAUCAAGCCUGGAAGCAUCAUUCCGUACAGGGUCAAGGUCGAUCUCAUUGUGGAUGUCCCUGUCAUCGGCAGAAUCACUAUCCCCCUCGAGAAAACUGGAGAAAUCCCCAUCCCUUACAAGCCUGAUGUCGAUGUUGAGAAGAUCAGGUUUCAAACCUUCUCCUUUGAGGAAACCGUUGCGGUCCUCCAUUUGAAGCUGGAGAACAUGAAUGACUUUGACUUAGGCCUCAAUGCUCUCGACUACGAGAUUUGGCUGUGUGAUGAGAGCAUUGGGGGUGCAGAGCUCGCCAAGUCUGCCAAUCUUACUAAAAAGGGCAUUACUUAUGUCGAUGUUCCCAUUACCUUCAGGCCUAAGGAUUUCGGGUCUGCGCUCUGGGAUAUGAUUCGGGGAAAGGGUACCGGCUACAGCAUCAAAGGGAAUAUCAAUGUGGACACGCCCUUUGGAGCCAUGAAGUUGCCCAUUGUCAAGGAGGGUGGUACUACACGCAUCAAGAAGAACAAGGAAGAUGGCGGUGAUGACGAUGAUGAUGAGGAUUAGAGAGGGAUGUUGGGUUGGGUUGACAAGCGAAACUAGUAGUUGUUGUCGUCUGUUUAUCUGUACUGGUGUUUUGGAAUAAUAGAUCAAUAUUGAGGCAUGAUUUCUGGUGGUAAGUUAAGCUGUUUUGGAGGAGAAAUUGGUGUAAUUGCUAUGGUUGGAUGGAUCAUGGAAGGGAAAGGUGUCACAUUUGGUGUGUUAUUGUAAUAGCCUAAUAGAUGUUGCAGUUUUCGCUUUGGGGUAAUUAAGUGAUUUGAGUUUUCAGUGAUUGUGAAAGAGAUUAUGAUGAUAAUAUGAUUAUUAAUGUUUAAAAUCUGUAUCUUUCUUACU